AAAAAAAAAAACAAGCGCGUUGAGGUGACCGAGCGCCGUGAUGUUUCCUUGCUAACGUGUUUAGCUGAUAAUUUUUAGUUUUGUUUCAGUUCGGUGAGUUUAUUUGAUUAAAUGUACGAGAUAUGAGUAGAUACGUUCUUCCUGCGUCCAUAUUCGGCACUGUUUUUGGCUGCGCUGUCCUGCUAAAAAACCAUGUGACCGGAGGCUCCUGCCCGAGUAAAGCCAGGAUCCCUGGGAAGACGGUGGUUAUAACCGGGGCCAACACCGGCAUCGGAAAAGAGACGGCCCGAGAGCUGGCUAGGAGAGGAGGACGGAUUAUUAUGGGAUGUCGGGACAUGGGAAAGUGUGAAGAAGCAGCCCGCGAGAUCCGAGGCUCCACCCUGAACCCUCACGUUUACGCCAGACACGUGGACCUGGCUUCAAUAAAAUCUGUACGGAGAUUCGCCGAGGAGAUUAACCGGGAAGAGGACAGAGUGGACAUUUUGAUCAACAACGCUGGGGUGAUGAGAUGUCCUCCAGGGAAGACGGAGGAUGGAUUCGACAUGCAACUUGGAGUCAACUACUUGGGCCAUUUCCUCCUGACCAAUCUGCUUCUGGAUAAGCUGAGAGACUCCGCCCCUAGCCGAGUGAUCAACCUAUCAUCUUUGGCGCAUGCUGUAGGCGAGAUUGACCUCGAGGACCUCAACUGGGACAGGAAGAAAUUUAACACGAAGAAGGCGUAUUGUCAGAGCAAACUCGCAGUCGUACUGUUCACCCGAGAGCUCGCACGCAGACUGGAGGGCACCGGGGUUACGGUCUCCGCCCUGCACCCUGGAGUCGUCGCCACAGACCUGGGCAGACACACGGGCAUGCACCAGUCCCACUUCUCCAGCACCGUACUUAGUCCAGUCUUCUACCUGCUGACCAAGUCGCCCGAACUCGGCGCCCAACCCGGCGUCUACCUUUCCGUUGCCGAGGAGCUGGUGGGCGUGAGCGGGCGCUACUACGACGUCAUGACGGAGAAAGACCCCGCCCCUCAGGCUCUGGACCAGGAAACGCCGAUCAAACUGUGGGACAUCAGCGCAUCUUUAGUGGGUUUAGAGACCACUGUGUCUCCACCCGAGAAAACGUUCAGGCGCGCUCCUCCGAGCUCGCCGUCGCUAUGACGACCGCGCAAGACCCGGGUUUCUGCUCCUGGGUUCGCUAAUAAAAGUUUAUAUUCAAAACAAAA